AGAGGAGAAGCGGAGAGUGAAUCUGUGAAACACUGCGGGACACACCGACAGCCCGCUUCAUACCGAGCAGACAGCACGGCUCCGUUAGUCCGCACGGUUCAGAACACACGGCCCGGCUCAACCCGCACGGGUUUGCACAGCACGGAUCACAUUGCAAGAAUCACGUAGCACGGAUCAGCCCGCACGGCUCGGUGUGCGGACUUUGAAGUCUGGGGUCGAAAGAAAAUCAGAGACUGAAAAAUCUGAAGCAGGAUUUCUUUAUUUCAGCGGAGUUCACACCGAGCGGAGCAGCUGGAGGAGGAGAGCAGGAGCGUUCAGUCCUCCUGUUUACUGAGGAGGUGCAGGACUCAGUCAUCCGGGUUUCAGGAGGAGUACGGCUUACUCCUCCUGGUCUAAGCCGCAUUCCGGAGCUCGGAGCUCAGACUGAGUCUCGGAGUUUCAGGGUUUUCUGGAUGUUUCUGAGAUGAACCGUGACCAAGGAGUCCGGUUUGAUUAGAGACACAGGAAAACAGCCCCACAGUCUGUACCUGGACCCGGACUAACCCGGCACGGCUCGGAUUAUGGCAACGGUCUGGCUGCUUGUGGUCUGUGUGGCUGCGGGUCUGUGCGGGAUUCAUGGAGCUUGUAACUACGAGGGAGCGCUUCACGCUAACGGAUCGUCAUGGAGACCACAGGUGUGUAAAGAAUGUACCUGUCAUGGUGACCUGCCCGUCUGCAGACCGACUCUCUGCUCCAAUCCUCGCUGUGACCUUCACCGGGGUGAGCGUCUGAGGAUCCCCGCUAACAGCUGCUGUCCAGAGUGUGUGUUGUCGUCUCAGAACUCCUGCCAGUAUGAAGGAGUGAUGCAUUCAGAUGACAGUCAGUGGAGCCCCGCCCCCUGUACAGUGUGCGUGUGUUCCAAAGGCGGCGUCUCCUGUGGCCCCCGACCCUGCCCCCCCCUCAGCUGCCCAGAGGGUCAGAGUUCGUUCACCCCGUCAGGAGAGUGCUGCCCCCGGUGUUCAGGUGGAGGAGCCUCGUGCUCUCUGCAGGGCGCGGUAUACGGCGAUGGUGAAGAGUGGAGGGUCGGUUUGUGCUCCAGAUGUUUCUGCAGAGACGGAGACACGCAGUGUUCAGUCACAGAGUGUCAGCAGGUGGUCUGCAAACCUGAUGAAAACCUGGUGAUCCGACCCGGUCAGUGCUGCCCUCAGUGUGUGUCCGACCCCUGUCUGUCUGCAGGAACACCACACCAGCACCGUGAGCAGUGGCAGAAGAACGCCUGCACCACAUGUGUGUGUGACCAUGGACAGUCUAAAUGUCACACACACAUCUGUCAGCCUGUUACCUGUGAGAAGGGUUAUACUAAGGUGAAGAGAGAUGGGCGUUGCUGUGAUGAAUGCGUUCCUGCUAAAGGGAGCUGCCUGUACGAGGGCACAGUGCGUUACCAUGGAGACAUGUGGAACAGCACGGGCUGUGAGUUCUGUACCUGUAACCGAGGUCAGGUGGUCUGUGAGAGGGCGGAGUGUGCUCGAGUAACGUGUCCUCAGGGGUCAGAGGUCGUUCAGAGCAGAUGCUGCCCCCAGUGUUCAUCUUUGAAACCAUCAUGUGUGUACAACGGGAAAUCUUAUGAGGAUCAGUCUCGGUGGUCUGAUGGUCUCUGCAGAGACUGUGAGUGUCGUGAUGCUCAGGUGAAUUGUUACCUGCGCUCCUGUCCCACCUGUCCCCCAGGUACGCUGACGGUCACCCAGGAAGGACUCUGCUGCCCCGAGUGUCAACAAGUCCCCUGUCACUCAGACUGUCUGUCAUGUACGGGGUCUCCUGAUCACUGUGAGAGCUGCAGGGACAGGAAGGCUGUCCUCCAUCAUGGCCGCUGCCUGUCCGUCUGUCCUGCUGGAUUCUUCGCUGAAGGUCGAGUCUGUGCAGCCUGCCCCCCCUCCUGCGUCACCUGUACCAGCAGGGGGCAGUGUGAGACCUGUGGCCCCCUAAAACCUCUGCUGAGUCCUGACAGUCAAUGUGUGACGUCCUGUCCUCCUGGAUCAUACACAUACCUACACACACACUGUCACUACUGUCACGAAUCGUGUUCAGAGUGCGAUGGCCCGAGUCAGCAGGACUGUGUGUCGUGUUCGCACGCCGCCACCUUGCUCAAAGAUGGGCGAUGUGUUUCUGACUGUGGAGACGGAUUCUACAGUCAGGACGGAGUCUGCUACGCCUGUGACUCCUCCUGCGCCUCCUGUUUCCCUGACAACCCAAAGUGCAUGAGCUGUCUGCCGGGCACCGCACUGCAUCAUGGGAAAUGUAUUUCUGAGUGUCCUGACCAGCAUUACCUGGAGAACCACAGCAGGUGUCGAGUCUGUCACAGCUCCUGCUCCUCCUGCUGGGGUCCCUCUGUGUCUCAGUGCUCCGCCUGUCCAGGUGAGCUCCUCCUCCACCUGGGUCAGUGUGUGGAGAUGUGUGGGGAGGGGCUCUACGCUCAGGAUGGCACCUGUCACAACUGCCACCCCACCUGUCGCUCCUGUGUGGGUCCUCUGUCCUCAGACUGUCUCACCUGUGUCAAACCUGAGGAGGUCCUGGUGCCUCAGGCUGCUCUGCUGCAGGGUGUCUGCUCUGCUGCGUGUCCCGCACACACAUUCAGGGAUCGCACACACACCUGCACAGAGUGUCACUCCUCCUGCUCCAUUUGUUCUGGACACUCUGCAGAAAACUGCACUUCCUGUCCCGCCCCCUUCAACCUGCAUGAAGGACGCUGUGUCCUCACCUGUCCACAGGUGUUCUUCAGACAAGACAACCAGUGCCAAGCGUGUCACCCAUCCUGUCAGUCGUGUUCAGGUCCCUCUCAGGCUGACUGUACCUCCUGCCCCCCCCUCACCGACCUGCUGAGCGGAUACUGCAGAACAAGCUGUGAGGACGGACUUUACCAGAAUCCUGUGACCGGCGAGUGCACCAGCUGCAGCUCAGACUGCGGGCGGUGCUCGGCUGACCUGCACACAGGUGUUGGCAGUGUGUGUGUGUGGUGUAAGGAGACGAGGAGGUGGCUGCUGGGAGAUCACUGCGUCUCUGAGUGUCCCCGAGGACACUAUGGCCAGCACGGAGCAUGCAUCAAAUGCAAUCCGUCCUGUGACUCCUGCAGUGGGGCGGGGCCUCUCUCCUGUACUUCCUGUCCUGUAAACAGCGUCCUGACGCCCUCGGGUUUCUGUGCUCCUCAAUGUCCCCUCGGUUACUAUGACGACGGUCACCGGGUCUGUCAGGCGUGUGACAGUCAGUGUCUCACCUGUGAGGUGGGCGGAGCCUGUUUGUCCUGCAGAGACCCCACCAAGGUGCUGCAGUUUGGAGAGUGUCAGUACGACACCUGUGCUCACCAGUACUACCUGAACACUUCCACCAGGGUCUGCAGAGAGUGCGAUUGGAGCUGUAACUCAUGCAGAGGUCCUCUGAGGACAGACUGUGUGCUGUGUAUGGAUGGAUACGUGCUGCAGGACAACGUCUGCACCCAGAGCUGCUCAUUGGGAUUCUACCAGGACGGAGACACUUGUGAGGGAUGUGAUGCUCACUGUGAGCAGUGUCGGGGUCUGGCUCAGUGUCAGCGCUGCACGCCUCCGUUUGCCGUCCUGCAGGGUCACUGUGUGCUGGAUUGUGGGCGGAGCUUCUUCAUGGACACCUCCUCUCAGCUGUGCAGACCGUGCUCCUCAGACUGUGUGCUGUGUGAUGACGACGCACGCUGCAGAGCCUGCACAGAACACGCUUACCUGAUGGACGGGUUCUGCACACCUGACUGUGGGCGGGGCUACUACGCUGACGUGAAGACCAGGACCUGCUAUGUGAACGCCCACCCCCCCACCCUGCAGGUGAACGGGUCUCUUCUGGUACCUGUAGGGGGCAUGGCCUCGCUGCCCCCCUCCCUGCUGCAGGUGAAGGACCCUGACAGUCCGUCUGAGCUUCUCAGGGUCCAGCUGAUUCAGAGUCCCAGUAAUGGCCAGCUGCUCCUCUUCAAGGCGGAGGAGGGGAAAGGACGAGAGCUGAGCCAGGACGACACCUUCACGUGGGGCGAGCUAAGAACAGGACGGAUCCGGUUCAGCCAUCAGAGAGACAGAUCCAGGAGCGGAGAGUUCAGUGUUCGAGUCGCCGACCCUCAGCUGUUUUCACAAACACAACGUGUUCAAGUUCAAGCUGUGUCCAUGCAGCCUCCAAAGGUCGUCACUCUCUCUCCUCUAACUGUGGACGGUCGAGGCACCGUGGCGACCAUCACCAAGUCGGUCCUGCAGGUCGAAGACCCUGACAACGCGGCAGACGUCCUGAUCAUGGUCCUGGACCCGCCCCGCCACGGCUGGCUGACCCGUCUCCAUGGUGACCGGGCGCUGAGCAGGUUCAAGCUGGAGGAUCUAAGCCGGGAACAGAUCCAGUACCAACACGACGGGACGGAGGAGGAGCGGGACUGGGCGGAGCUACAGGUCAAUGACGGACACACCUACAGGAACAUCCUGCUGCAGAUACACAUCAAUCAUAAGGUGUCUGACUCUCCUCACAUGCUCUCGCUGCCGAUGACCUGGGUGCGAGAAGGCGGGAUGGUUCGUCUGGAUAAGAAAUACCUGCAGAGCGACAUCAGAGGCGUGAGCUCUGAGACCAUCGUCUACAGCGUCCAAUCAUCAGAGGGGACGCCUAAACAUGGUGAGGUGGUGUUGAUGUCCAUGCCGGCUGACGGCCCACCUGAAGGAUGGCGUCCGUCUCUGACAGGUGAUGGAGGUUUCACGGCGACGAGUUCAUUCACUCAGCAGGAUGUGAACGACGGCUCGGUGUGGUACAGACACCUCGGACCCGGGACCGACAGAGACUCCUUCAUGUUCCAGGUGUCCACAGACUCCGCCCCCUUCAUACAGAGUGAUGCUCAGACCUUCACCAUCGGAGUCCUCCCUCAGAUCCCGGGGUUCCCCCAGCUCGCCCCGGACUGCGACCUUCAGAUCACGGCUCUGGAGGACCGGGUCACUGAGAUCACUCCUGCUGCUCUCUCCUUCAUCGACUCGGAAACACCGAGCGACAAACUCGUCUACAACGUCACCAAAGCUCUGCCGCCAGGACACGGUGCGAUUGAACAUCGUGACCGAGCGUACACACACGUGAAGCUGUUCACUCAGGCUGACGUCAACAACGGAAAGAUCGUCUACAGACCGCCACCUGCUCCGUCACACCUGCAGGAGCUCUACCAGUACUCCUUCACAGGUCUGCCUGAAUCUCUGAGUGUCUACUUCACAGUGACUGACGGAGAACACACGACCCCUGAGCUGGACUUUGCCGUCCUCCUCCUCUCCAAUCAUCAGCAGCCGCCUGUCUUUCAGGUCCUCGACCCCCUGCUGGAGGUGAGCGUGGGGGGGCGGGCCACUAUCGGCGGUCAGCAGCUGGCGGUCAGUGAUGCUGACACGGCUCCAGACGAGCUGGAGUUUGAGCUGGUUGAAGGUCCGAUCCACGGAGAGCUGAUAAAAACGGAGGGCAGUGAACACACCAGCAUGAACAAUGGUGACACCUUCACCUUCAGUGAUGUCACCCGGAGCGUUCUUCAGUACCGACACGCCGGCCUCUCCGCUCAGGAGGACGCUAUCACGUUCUCCGUCAGUGACGGGAUCUCCAUGGCGACCACGGUGGUGCAGGUGGUGGUGCUGGGCGCCGGUGGCGAGGGGCCGCAGCGAGACCCGGCAGCGUCUCUGUCAAUGGAAGUUGGCGAGCGGAGCAGCACUGUGAUCAGACGCACACACCUGUCGUACACUGACGAGUCGUCUCCUGACGAGCAGAUCCAGAUCCAGCUGGUGUCGGUGCCGAUGUACGGCGUGCUGAGCCGCAGUCAGAGCCAGCAGGAGAACGAGGAGCUGAGGGAGUACUCGUCCUUCAACAUGGAGGACAUCAAGGAGCAGAGGAUCAGGUACAUCACCUCUGUGGAGACAGGCAGUCAGCCAAUCACAGACAUCUUCCACUUUGUGGUUUAUGACGGAGACAACAAUCGCCUCGACAACCAGAUGUGCACCAUCACUAUCACCUCGUCGCCACGGCAACCACCAGAGGUCACCAUCCAUGGCAGCAUCAAGGUGGAGGUCGGAGGCCGAGUGCAGCUCUCCACCAAUCACAUCACGGUGUCUGACCUGGACACGCCCAGGAAGGACCUGCUGGUGUGGCUGGUCAGUCCUCCAAAGUACGGCUUCAUCGAGAACACGAGGCGAGCAGGGGGCUCUGUGGGCGGCUCGCGGGUCGUCACCCCUGACGUCCCGUUCUCCAUGGACGACCUGACGUCUGACCACAUCUUCUACGUUCAGGACGGUAAAGCUCGGGUCCAACAGGACGCGUUCAGCUUCUACAUCAGUGACGGACACAGUCAGACCGAGGCCUUCAGCGUGGAGGUGGACAUCCAGAGCGAGGAGCAGCGAGAACCCGUGGUGUCGGUCAGCAGCGUCCACGUGGAGGAAAACUCCGGAGUCGUCAUCACAAACUCGUCUCUGAGCGUCACAGACCGAGACACACCGGAGAACGAGAUCCUGUUCACCAUCAUCAGGAAGCCCUCAUACGGUAAACUCCGCAGACGUCAGUUUUACUCUGAGCCUCUGGAGAAUGGGCGUGUCCUGUCUCAGGGCUCCACCUUCACCUAUCAGGACGUCCUGGACCAGCUGCUGGUGUACACACCUGAGCAGGUGAGCGGGGGGGCGGAUGAGCUUGGCUUCACCCUGACAGACGGUAUCUUCACGCACACGGGACGCCUGCAGUUCACCAUGGACGUGCGGAAGAGCGAGGGUCCGAGGAUGACUGUGAACAGAGGCCUUCAGCUCCCUGCAGGCUCUUCGUCUAAGAUCACUGAUCAGAACCUGAAGGGCACCGACCUGGACUCUGACAGUCUGAAGCUCAGGUACGUCCUCAUCAAAGACCUGCAGGCGGGAAAACUUCACCUGAGCCGGGGGGGACAGGUGGAGCGAGUGUCAGUGAAAGGACCGACUCAGAGCUUCACUCAGGAUGACAUCAACAAAGGUCUGCUUCAGUUCAGUCAUGAGAAAGGAGAGAGAGGAGGAAGUCUGUCCUUCAAAUUCAACCUGAUCGACCCCGAGGGAAACAAGCUCAUCGACCAAUCAUUCUUCAUCAGCGUGCUCGAGGACCGCCUCCCGCCCUCGGUGGAGGUGAAUAAAGGACUUGUGCUGGACGAGAACACGGUGAAGAAGCUGACCACGCUGCAGCUGUCUGCGAGCGACCAGGACAGCGAGCCAAGCGAGCUUGUUUAUCGAAUCACUAAACAGACGAGUCUGGGUCACUUGGAGCAUGCCACUAACCCAGGUACGAGGAUCAGCUCAUUCACGCAGGCCGACCUGGCGUCCCGCAGCGUUCAGUACGUCCACACCAGUGAAGAAGAGAAACACGCCGAUCAGUUCUCGUUCAUCGUGUCAGACGGGACGAACGAGGUGUCUCAGACGUUCUACGUCACCAUCAGACCCGUGGACGACUCGCUGCCUCUGCUGCUGGUUCCUGGGAUGAGGGUCCAGGAGGGCGUGAGAAAGACCAUCACGGAGUUUGAACUGAAGGCCACGGACGCCGACACAGAGGCCGAGUCCAUCGUGUUCACCAUCGACCAGCCUCCUCGUCACGGCAGCAUCGAGCGUACGAGUAACGGGCAGCAUUACCGCCAGACGAGCAGCUUCAGCAUGGACGACGUUUAUCAGAACCGCAUCAGCUACAACCACGACGGCUCCAACUCGCUAAAAGACCGCUUCACCUUCAGCGUGAGCGACGGAACCAACGUGCUGUUCAUGGUGGAGGAGGGCGGGAAGGAGAUCGUCACGGCUGCUCCUCAGAAGUUUAAGAUCGACAUUCUGCCCGUUGAUGACGGCACGCCGCGGAUCGUCACCAACCUCGGCCUGCAGUGGCUCGAGUACAUGGACAACAAGGCCACCAACCUGAUCACCAAGAAGGAGCUGCUGACCAUGGACCCCGACACAGACGACGGUCAGCUGGUCUAUGACAUCACCACCGAGCCCAAACACGGAUACCUGGAGAGCAAACUGAAGCCUGGAAGCCCCGUCACCACCUUCACACAAGCCGACAUUAACCUGGGUCUGAUCCGCUACGUGCUGCACCAGGAGAGCGUUCAGGAGACCGUGGACCACUUCAAGUUCCUGGUCAAAGACAGCAAACCCAACAUGGUCAGCGACAACGUCUUCCACAUCCAGUGGUCUCUGAUCAGCUUCACACACAAAAGCUACAACGUGAGUGAGAAGGCGGGCACAGUGGCAGUGACGGUGAAGCGAACGGGGAACCUGAAUCAGUACGCCAUCGUGCUGUGUCGCACCGAGCAGAGCAGCGCCACCUCCAGCAGCAGCGUGGGAUCACGGCCGGGUCAGCAGGACUACGUGGAGUACGCCGGACAGGUGCAGUUUGACGAGCGCGAGGACACCAAGGUGUGCACCAUCAUCAUCAACGACGAUAAGGUGUUUGAGGGUGCAGAGAGCUUCCAGGUGGAGCUGAGCAUGCCCGUGUACGCGCUGCUGGGAGGAAACACGCGCGCCGUGGUCAACAUCAACGACACGGAGGACGAGCCCACGCUGCAGUUUGACAAGAAGACGUACCACAUCAACGAGAGCACGGGCUUCAUCCACGCGCCCAUACACAGGAAAGGUGACUCGUCCAGCACCGUGUCGGCUCUCUGUUACACGGUGGGGGGGUCGGCUCAGGGCAGCAGCCUCUCCGCUCUGGAGUCUGGCUCGGACUUUAAGAGCCGCGGGAUGACCUCUGAUAACCGUGUCAUCUUCGGCCCCGGCGUCAGCAUGACCACCUGUGACGUCAGACUCGUCGACGACAGCGAGUACGAGUUGUCCGAGGAGUUCCAGCUGGUGCUGUCUGACGCCUCCGACAACGCCCGCAUGGGAGACGUCACGGUCGCCAAGGUGGUCAUCGACGGACCGAAUGACGCAUCCACGGUGACCUUAGGGAACGCCACCUUUACGUUCAGUGAAGACGCAGGUACCAUAGAGAUCCCCGUGUUGCGCCACGGCAGCGAUCUGACCUCUUUGACCUCUGUGUGGUGUGCCACCCGACCGUCUGACCCCCCCUCCGCCAGCCCGGGGGUCGACUACAUCCCGAGCUCCAAGAAGGUCGAGUUCAAACCGGGGAGGACGGAGGAGACCUGCAGUCUGACCAUCAUGGACGACAUCCAGAACCCGUCCAUCGAAGGCGCCGAGUCCUUCGUGGUCUUCCUCAGUUCUCCUCAGGGGGCGGUGCUUCAGGAGCCGUACGAGGCCAGCGUGGUCAUCACAGACACCUCCCAGGACAUUCCCAGCAUGCAGUUUGAGAAGAGCGCCUACACGGUGAAGGAGAAGGACGGCGUUCUUAACCUGCCCGUCAUCCGCUCGGGUGACCUGUCCGUCAAGUCGUCGGUCAGGUGUUUCACCCGCACCAUGUCGGCGAUGGUGAUGGACGACUUCGAGGAGAGGAGGAACGCAGACGAGUCUCGAGUCACGUUUAUCAAAGGAGAGAAGGUGAAAAACUGCAGCGUGUACAUCAACGAUGACUCCGUGUUUGAGCCCGAGGAGGAGUUCCAGGUGCAUCUUGGGACGCCGCUCGGCGAUCAUUGGAGCGGAGCGAUGGUGGGCGCUAACGACAUCGUCACGGUAACCAUCACUAACGAUGAAGACGCGCCCACCAUCGAGUUCGAGCAGGCGUCCUUCCAGGUCAGAGAGCCUCCGGGUCCAGACGGCGUCGAGGUCCUGAACAUCAAAGUGAUCCGCCGUGGCGACCUGGACCGGACGUCCAAGAUCCGCUGCAGCACCCGGGACGGAUCCGCCCAGUCCGGAGUGGACUACAACCCGAAGAGCCGGGUGCUGAAGUUCACUCCAGGGAUGGACCACAUCCUGUUUAAGGUGGAGAUUCUGUCCAAUGAGGACAGAGAGUGGCACGAGUCCUUCUCAUUGGUGCUCGGCCCUGACGACCCCGUGGAGGCGGUGCUCGGAAAGAUCACCACGGCAACAGUGACCAUCCUGGACCAGGAAGCAUCCGGGAGCCUCAUCCUGCCGGCCACGCCCAUCGUGGUCUCCCUCGCUGACUAUGAUCACGUUCAGGAGGUGACCCGUGAAGGCAGUAAGAAGGCGCCCCCUCCUGGUUACCCCCUGGUGUGCGUCUCCCCCUGUGACCCUCACUACCCAAAGUUCUCUGUGAUGAAGGAGCGCUGUGAGGAGGCGGGCAUCAAUCAGACUCAGGUUCACUUCUCCUGGGAGGUGGCGGCUCCCACCGACACCAACGGGGCGCGCUCCCCGUUUGAGACGGUGACGGACACGACGCCGUACACCAGCGUCAACCACAUGGUCCUGGACAGUAUUUAUUUCAGCCGUCGUUUCCACGUUCGCUGCGUCGCUCAGGCCCGGGACAAGGCGGGUCACCUGGGGACGCCGCUCAGGAGCAACAUUGCCACCAUCGGCACAGACGGCUCCAUCUGUCACACACCUGUUACCACGGGAACCGCCCGAGGCUUCCAGGCCCAGUCCUUCGUCGCCACGCUCAAAUACUUGGACGUCAAGCACAAGGAGCACCCCAACCGUAUCCAUAUCUCAGUGCAGAUCCCUCAUCAGGACGGUAUGCUCCCCCUGGUGUCCACCAUGCCACUUCACAACCUUCACUUCCUGCUUUCAGAGUCCAUCUACAGACAGCAGCACGUCUGCUCCAACCUGGUGACACUCAGAGACCUGAAGGGGAUUUCAGACUCUGGUUUCCUUGACGACAUGUCCUUGGACAGCAUCUCUCUGGGUCCGGGUUUCGAUCGGCCGUAUCAGUUUGAUCCAAAAGUCCGUGAAGCUCGGACUCUGCAGCUCUACAAACACCUGAACCUGAAGAGCUGCAUCUGGACCUUCGACGCGUACUACGACAUGACGGAGCUCAUCGACGUCUGCGGGGGCUCCGUCACCGCCGACUUCCAGGUGCGAGACUCGGCUCAGUCGUUCCUCACCGUCCAGGUUCCUCUCUACGUGUCCUACAUCUACGUGACGGCGCCGCGGGGCUGGGCGUCUCUGGAGCACCACACCGAGAUGGAGUUCUCCUUUUUCUACGACACGGUGCUGUGGAGGACAGGUAUCCAGACUGACAGCGUCCUGUCAGCCCGACUGCAGAUCAUCAGGAUCUACAUCAGAGAGGACGGCCGACUGGUCAUCGAGUUCAAAACACACGCCAAGUUCAGAGGUCAGUUUGUCCCUGAACACCACACGCUGCCCGGUCAUAAGUCUCACCUGAUGGCUCCGGAUCACCUGGGAGGAAUCGAGUUCGACAUCCAGCUGCUGUGGAGCGCUCAGACCUUCGACUCUCCGUAUCAGCUGUGGAGAGCAACCAGCUCCUACAGCAGGAAGGAUUAUUCAGGAGAGUACACGGUGUUCCUGAUCCCGUGCACUGUUCAGCCCACUCAGCCCUGGAUCGACCCCGGAGACAAACCGCUGUCCUGCACCGCCCACGCUCCAGAGAAGUUUCUGGUGCCCAUUGCUUUCCAGCAGACCAACAGACCGGUUCCUGUGGUCUACUCUCUGAACACCGAGUUUCAGCUGUGUAACAACGAGAAGGUGUUCAUGAUGGACCCGGCCACCGCCGACGUCUCCAUGGCCGAGAUGGACUACAAGGGCGCCUUCUCCAUGGGUCAGACUCUGUACGGCAGGGUGCUGUGGAACCCGGAGCAGAACCUGAAUGCAGCGUACAAGCUGCAGCUGGAGAAGGUUUACCUGUGCACAGGUAGAGAUGGAUACGUUCCCUUCUUUGACCCGACGGGGACGCUGUACAACGAGGGUCCGCAGUACGGCUGCAUCCAGCCCAACAAACACCUGAAGCACCGCUUCCUGCUGCUGGAUCGUAAGCAGCCCGACGUCUGUGACAAGUUUUUCCACGACGUUCCCUUCGAGGCUCAUUUGGCCUCGGACGUCCCCGAGCUGCACGCCGUGAGCGCCAUGCCGGGAGUCGAUGGCUUCACCAUGAAGGUCGACGCUCUCUACAAGGUGGAGGCGGGGCAUCAGUGGUACCUGCAGGUGAUCUACGUGAUUGGUCCGGAGUCUCGGUCCAGCCCGAGGAUUCAGCGCUCAGUGACGUACGAGCUGAGCCGCGUCAGGCGUGACCUGGUGGACCGCAGCGGGCGUCUGACGCUCGACGAGUCUUUGAUCUACGACAACGAGGGCGACCAGGUGAAGAACGGUACCAACAUGAAGUCACUGCGCCUGGAGGCGGGGCCUUCAGGCACCUUCAACGCCCAUAUGGGCAGCACAGUGGGAGGGGGCGUGGCUGCCGUCACCCUGUUGGUCCUGGUCGUGCUGGCUUCCUGUUUCGUGUUCCGCCGCUGCAGACGUGCGGCUUUGAAGACGAAGAUGGCGGAGAAAUCGUACGAGGAGUAUCCGCUGAACACCAAGGUGGAGGUGUGUAUGGACAAGUGUAUGGAGAAGAACUUCAGCUCCAAACACUGCACCGUCAGGAACAUCAACAUCCUGAACCGCCAGCAGGAGCCCCGCCCCAAAGUCAAACAGGUGAACCUGGAGGUGAAGCUGCAAAACAACCUGAGCGACGGCACAGAGGUCUGAGGAGAGGAGAGGAGAGGAGAGGAGAGGAGAGGAGAGGAGAGGAGAGGAGAGGAGGAGAGGAGAGGAGAGAGAAGGAGACAGGAGAGGAGAGGAGAGAGGAGGAGAGGAGAGGAGACAGGAGAGGAGAGAGGAGGAGAGAGGAGGAGACAGGAGAGGAGAGGAGAGAGGAGGAGACAGGAGAGGAGAGAGAAGGAGACAGGAGAGGAGAGGAGACAGGAGAGGAGAGGAGACAGGAGAGGAGAGAGGAGGAGACAGGAGAGGAGAGGAGAUAGAAGGAAAGAGGACUGAAUUAAAAAAGUAUUUUCUAGAAGCGUUUGUACCUGCAUAUCGUAUUUUUUUUACCACUUUUAAAAAGGGAAGAGAGAGAAGAAGAGUUUUCUCAUUUAGCUGCGUUAGCCGCUAACUCAGGAACCACAAACGGUCAUCUUCAUCUUGUUUAUUUCACCCGUUUGAUAUGAACGCCGUCUGUAGAUGGUCGCUCACUCACUGUUGAUCGUCUCUGCUGCGUUCAGUCAUUUCACUGUUUUAGUCUCCACUGUGGAGUGUUAGCCUGAGAGGAGGAGCUCCUGUUCUCUGAAGCCUCUUUCACACAUCACUCCUGACGCCUUCUGGAUCAUCGGGACAAUCAGGCCCGGAUACAUCGCCGGGUUUCAUCGUUUGUGCUCGCAGCUCAGAAUAAUCCAUUCACUGAACCCUCGUCACCCUUCAGCACGCUGCAGGAGGAGGACUGUUCAGUAAAUAUUAACAUGUAUAAAGAUCCUGGAGACAUCUGAGGCGAGCAGUAUGCAGAGUAUAAAGCAGAUAAGCUCCGCCCAUCGUGAACAAGUCAUCGCCCCGCCCACUUGUUCGUCCUGGAUGUUCCAGACUUUUUACAGGAGUCUGCAGAAAACCGUCCCCCUUAAAGUCGAGCUGAAACAUUGGACAUGCAGCCGGAUCAUGUUGGUGACUUUCAGAGUGCGUGUGUGAAAGAGGCGGAGCUUCUCCUGUGGAGCGACGUCUUCACGGGGCUUCAGCUGCUUCUGAGAGCUGUGAGCGUUAAACACACACACGCGGCGAGCUGCUGACGUGUGAGGAGGAAAGAGGAUGGAGUGAAAUAUACGGUGACAGAGAGAGGCGAUCAAAGCCUGCAGGGGGCGCUCUGAGCAACAGGCUGCAGGGAGGUGGAUUGUCCCUCUCAGCCACCGUAGACCAUAUGAACAAACAUGAACGAUACCUAUCAAAGUGCGAUUAUGCCUUAGCUUUAGUCACGCAUGAACUUUAUUUUUUUCAAACUUCGUUUUCGUGUCUCGCCAGACGAGACGACAAAGAUCAGCUGACAGGAAAACGUGCCGCGCAGUAUUCAUGGUUUCAGUAUCAACAAUCAAAGUGUUUCUGUGUCUCAGUGUGAUCGUCGAUGUCUGAGAGCUUCAGCCUUAACACUCAUCAUCAUCAUCACUUUUUAAUACGAUGUAUUUUAUAGUUUUAUAACGAGUGUCUUCCUUCACAAACACAAAAACUCCUCACUCUUUUUUUAUUAACCCGCUCGCAUCUUUUUUUCAUUUUUAUUUGAUAUAUUCUUCUCUAAUGAUCAUUAUGUUUUAUGUUACCCUCGACUACUGAUGUGAACGUUACUGUAUGUCUGACACUGGUUACAGAGCACUGAGACGGGUUUUAACGAGUGUGUGUGUGCGUUGGCCUAAAGGAAUGUUGACGUGUCAGAUCUGCCUCCUGUAUCUUUAAACGUGCCUCAAACAUCCAAUCAGGAGCUGUGCUUGUUUGGGGGAUGAUGAAAUAUUUAACGAUAUAUUUUUGGUGCUAUCAUUUUAUGGAGAAUAACCACGAUGUUUUGGACAUGAAGCAAGUAUCUGGUGCCUUUUUUAGUAAUAAAAAUGGAAACAUGAAAAUG